ACUACAUUGUGUGAUAUGAAGGGCGGUAUCAGUUUAUUAAAAGUGUGUACCUUUAUACUGUGCGUCGUUUCUGUGGCUGGCAUUAGGAUAAUGUUUGAAAACUUCGAGCAACUGUCCGGAUUCGAGGAAACACUGUUUGAUUUGCGCGUGCGCAAGUACAACCGUACGAUGAGUGUGCUGAACGGUUCGGUCAUCAUUCCUCAUCCGAUCAAUGAUACCACGGAGUUCUCGUUGGAUCUCUUUCACAGUCGACUAGGAAACCAGCAGUUCAACCACUACCCAAUGAAGCUACCAUCGUGUGGUUGCUGUAGCUUCAUCGACAACUUGCACACUAACUAUGCGAAACAGAUUGCACUGAUACAGAAUAUACCAGCAAAGGGUGAAUGUCCGUUCUCGGCCAGAUCAAUCAACUUCAUUGACUACGCGUUUCCGGAGGAUGCGGUACCGUUGGUGAUGCCACGAGGACUUUGGAAGGCACUGGUAACAGGGCGAAGAAAUCGAGUGGAUAAAAUGUCCUACUAUUUUCUUAUAAAAGCUGAUGAUCUUUAAGCUACAAUUACUAUAGA